CAUAUUUUCGCACUCAAAGCACCGUUCAUUGAAGCUUCUUGCGUUGUCUUCCUCUUCUUCUCUUCACAACUCGACGGACGAUGACGACAGAGGAACAUGAGUCCGGGUCUGAAGCUAUUAUGUGAAUGGAUUAUAGUGUUGAGGAGAUGGCUUUCAUUAGUAGUUACAACAUAGGUGAGUUUAUGGCACCUCAAGGAGAGGAGUCCGGGUCUGAAGCACCAGCGACAGAAGUUGAAGGUCAACGACGUAGGAAGGACGUCGGUGACGACGAGGAACGACAUAUUCCGGACACACACAUACAACCGCCACCGGAGAACGGGGGCAGCGGCACCGGCUCACUGAGUCCCUUGGCACAGAACAUCCACUGCCGCCUCAACUGCCACCGCCGGCGGUGGCGCCACCGCCACCACCACCGGCGUCACCGCCGCUUCCACCAUCACAUGCGCCACAGGAAGCCCAAUCAGUGACCCCAUCGGGUCUUGCCGUCAGCCGCCGCCAUAUCCAACGUCUUCACCGCCGAUUCAUCCAACACCGCCAUCUCUCACCUCCGUGAACAGUGCGACCUCUGGCUCCGCUGCCUACACCACCACCGUAGAUCUCAGAUCUGAUCUUGAAUCUGGUAUGACUACCAGUCAAUUAUUGUCAUCUUAUAGUUGUAAUGUCAUCUUAAUGGUAUUAUUGUCAUCUUAUAGUUGUAAUGUCAUCUUAAUGGUAUUAUUGCCAUCCUGACAGAAAUAAGAAACAUGACAUUAAUGUAUUAUCAAAUGAGAAGUAUUGUCAUCUUUGUUGCAUUAAUCUCAUGCCAACCAAAAACAUGUCACUAAAGUUGUUGUAUUCUAGCCUUCUAGGAGUGAUAUUGCCAUCUUCAAAUGAUAUUAGAAAAAUUCCAGAAAAACAUUAUCG